AUGUCCAACUUGGAAAUGAGGAGGCGGCCGCGCCAACUUCCCGGCCCUUUCAACCCCUUCAGCCCUCCAAGCCCAUUCAUCCCCGGCAGCGUCCCCUCCAAUCUCAUCGUCCCUCCUCCUCCGCCCACGAACCCUGCCGCCGCCAUACCUCUCACCUCCGGCUUCUUCCAACCCCCCGCGCCCGCCGAAACCCCCGCCGCCGCUGCUCCGUCUCCAGAGCCCCAAGUCACCCUCACUGCCUUGAACCCGCCUGCCGCGACGGAGCUGCCCGUCCCCGUCGCUUUGCCGAACGUCCCUCCGGCCCCGGCGAUUGCGAGCGACUUCGUCGAUGGAGACUUUUCCGUCUCGGUGCAGCCGGAGAAUUCUUUGGGUUUGGUCGUUGAUGGUGUAGGGAGCCCGACGCAAGCUGCACCAGAAGUUGUGACGGUGGACGGUUCGGCGACGGUUGGUGGCGCCGCUACCGCUAGUACGCCAACUGGAGGUAUUGCCUUCGGGUCUAUCGCGGGUAUUGCAUUCCUCGUCAGCAUCAUCUUCCUCUUCUACAAAUGGCGCAAAGGCACCCUCCCUCAAUCCGUCAACCGGCUCGCCCUCAAGUUCCGCCCAACCUCCCCCGACGCCGAUAACAUGGAGAAGGGCCUCACGAGGUCCGAUUCCGUCUCCAUCAGGACCGCCUCUACCACUGGCACUUCUUAUUCCAAAGCUAUCAACUCCAUAAAGGCCUUCAUUCGACCAUCGACCUCUUCCGGGAACUCCUCCCGCGCCGAGCAGGGCAUUUCCGAUCAUACGCCCAGCAUCUCCGCGCCGACGGUGUACAACGGACCUCAGGCUGACAAGUUGGCCGUGCCUUUGCCACUACACCUUGCGAAACUCCAGGCUGCGGGAUUGUGGACUGCCGAGGGUAGCGAGACCGUGAACGCCGCGGCUAUAGCGGCGGCAGUGACGACAGGGCCGAUGAACCCAAAGCCUGUCGUGGCGGAGCCGCUGGUUCACCCGCUUAGAGCACACAAGGUCCAGUCCGAGGAAGGAGUUACCGCGGAUAAGCAGGCUUCUUGGCCGCUGUAA